CAUGCCUCCACCUAUAUAUCUUGGAAGAUCACAGCAUUCAGCAGCCAAGAAGUGAUGGAUCAUGGCAAGGUCUGUGUAACUGGUGCAUCUGGGUUCCUGGCUUCUUGGCUCAUCAAGCGACUCCUGUCGGCUGGUUAUCAUGUCAUUGGCACAGUUAGAGACCCUGGAAAUGAUUCAAAACUAGCUCACCUGUGGAACCUGCAAGGGGCAAAGGAGCGGCUACGCCUAGUGAAGGCUGAACUAACGGAAGAGGGAAGCUUCGACGAUGCGAUCUUGGGGUGUGAGGGUGUCUUUCACACCGCUUCCCCUGUUCUUGGAGGACCUGCUUCUGAUCCUAAGGGGGAAAUAUUAAAGCCAGCUAUUGAUGGAACACUGAACGUGCUAAGUUCAUGUAAAAAGAACCCAUCAUUAAGACGAGUGGUUUUCACCUCCUCAUCUUCCACACUCAGGGUGAGAGACGAUUUUGACCCCAAAAAAGUAACUAUAGAUGAGUCGUCUUGGAGUUCCGUUGAAUUCUGUGAACGACUCAAUAUUUGGUAUGUACUGUCCAAAACCAUGGCAGAAAAGGCAGCAUGGGAGUUCUGCAAUGAGAAUGGGAUCAAUCUCGUGACCGUUCUCCCCUCAUUUGUUGUUGGACCCAGCCUACCUCCUACUUUAUGUUCUACGGCAUCAGAUAUCCUGGGCUUGCUACAAGGGGAAACGGAGAGAUUCAAGUGGCAUGGGAGAAUGGGAUAUGUUCACAUAGACGAUGUUGCACGUUGCCACAUUCUAGUUUAUGAAAAUGAACAAGCUGAAGGACGAUAUAUAUGCAGCUCAACUGUCAUCAAUAAUGAUGAACUCGUAUCAAUUCUAUCAGAAAGCUAUCCCACACUACCCAUUCCAAGGAGGUUUGAGCAGCAUGAUCGACCAUAUUAUGAGUUUGACACAACAAAGCUGAAGAGUUUAGGGUUCACGUUCAAGCCGAUUCAAGAGAUGUUUGAUGACUGCGUAACAUCUUUGGUGGAGCAAGGCCAUCUUUCUAUCCCUUAGUUAAGCUGGAAGCCUUUGUAGUUGAUUAUAUCAACAAUGAUACCACAAGUCUCCUAAUAUUUACGGAUCCAACUUUUUAUUUAAAGUAAUCAAAACAAACAUGGUCUUGACC